AUUAAACUCCCAAGGCAAAAAGAAGAAUAAGAAUUAGAGGAGAAGGAGACUCUUCCAUCAUCCCAAGAUCUCCCCUCAGUCAGAAUCAGACCACUCUUAUUCUCAUCACAUCUAUCCUUUUCAUCAAUUCUUUUGCAUUUUUAUAGCCAUUGGUGUAUGAUGGGGUAUCAUGAGUUUGUUCAUCCCAAGGUCUUCAAUCAAACCCUCUCUUAAAAGUCUCACAUCUUUAAAGGAAAAAUUGAAGUAAUAUACGCUUGUAUGAAUUUCAAGCAAGAUCUGCUUCCAAACUUUUCAUCGGAAAGAGUGAAAUAUAUAUAACCUUUCCUCUUCACGAGAUCCAAUCCCUCAAUCCCACCAUACGGGUACUCAAAAUCUACCUUUCUUCCUUUUCCCGUUACUUUCUGCUCCCUCUCCAAACCCUACCACACAAAGGUACUCAUCAAAUCCUCAUCUUCUGAUCUCUCUUUUUCUCUCUCUCUCUCUCUCUCUCAAGACCCAUUUUCUCCUUCUAAAGUAAAACCUUGUAUAUAUCUCCACCGCUGGUUUAGGGUUUCUGGGUGGUGAGAGAAAUGGGACUAUUGUAUAUCAUGUCAUUCAGGGAAUCUUGUGUGCUUGUUGCUUGAUUUGUGCAAUUUGACCAUACACCUACCUCCAUCUUUUACAGCCAGAUCUCGUAAACUCUAGCCGAAACCAAGAAUAUAUUUUUUUGAUUCCUUCUGAAGACAAAUCAGGUAAGAAAAUCAGUAUUAUUACAACCAGAUCCUGCAGAGAGGAGAAAGUGGAACAUGGCAUCGUCGUCGAAUUCCCCGUGUGCAGCGUGCAAGUUUCUGCGGCGCAAAUGCCAGCCGGAGUGCGUUUUUGCACCAUAUUUCCCACCGGACCAACCCCAAAAAUUUGCAAACGUGCACAAAGUGUUUGGGGCAAGCAACGUGACAAAGCUUCUGAACGAGUUGCACCCCCAUCAGCGCGAGGACGCCGUGAAUUCUCUGGCCUAUGAGGCCGACAUGCGUCUCCGUGACCCCGUCUACGGGUGCGUGGGAGUCAUCUCUCUCCUCCAACACCAACUUCGCCAACUCCAGAUGGACCUCAGUUGCGCCAAAUCUGAACUCUCAAAAUACCAGAACUUGGGCAUCACAAGCCACGGCCUAAUUGCUGCCGCUGCUGCGGCCGCCACGGCGACCAAUCACAACCACCAGCAGAACUUGGGAAUUAAUCUGAUCGGCGGUGGCGGCCGGGACCAUCACCACUACCAUCACCAGUUUUUUCCCAAUCAGCAGCAGAUGAUUAGGAGCUUUGAUACGGGGAACAACUAUGAUGCAAGCCUUUUGGCUAUGAAUGUCUCCGCAAGCAUAGGGCAACUCAGUCAGUUUCAGCAACCUAGGGCCGCUACUGGGGACGACCGUCGUACCAUUGACCCCUCUUAGGGUUUCUUCUCUUCCAUGGAUCACAAACUUUGCCCAACCCGUCAUAGGGAUUGAACUUUGAAGGACUCAGCAUCGCGAGCGAGUUUAAGAGAGAGAAAGAGAGUGUUUGGGAUUUUAUCUUAAUUAUUGAUACCCUUUUAUAGACAAUUUUGUCAUAUCUAGCUCAUGCCUCUUCAGUCUUUACUUUUAUGAUCUAUAUUAUAAUUAACUAUUUUCUCAUUUGUUAUUAGCCAAAACUGUACUUGCUCUUCCAGUUUCACAGUAACUCCGAAAUAGUUCCUGGAGUUUUCCUCUUAAAAAGUGCCAUGCCAGGCACGGUGGUCUGGUUUUGUUUCUACCCCUUUGAACUUUUCUAAUCUGCACAGUCAAAUGCACAGACCACUAUAUUAUUUGCUA